GUACUCUGUUCUCCAUCAGUAUCUUCAGUGACUUCAUGAAGUUAGACGAUACAGUUGUGGGCAUCAUAUCCUGUACCAGCAAGAUCCUCGCUUCAUUCAUAUUCGCGUUCGCAACCACCACAUUGGAAAUUUAUAUAGCUCCUCUUGUGGAGAUCUUUAAUGGCACCUCGUUCAUAGCGAUGAGGUCUAUCGCUUCAAAACUGGUGACUAGUGAAGAAUUGGGUAAAGUAAACUCCCUAUUCGGCUUAGCUGAGGCGAUGAUGCCAUUAGUGUAUGGGCCGUUAUACUCAAGAGUAUACAUGGCAACACUGAAUAUGCUGCCAGGCGCAGUGUUUUUGUUAGGUGCGGCUAUGACGGUACCAGCCGUUGCAAUAUUUGGGUGGAUGUAUUUCGAGCAGAGAGAAGACAACAAACAGACAGACGAAACUGAGAAUACCAGCAAAGAAGUGUAACUCUGU